AUGGCGACUACGCCUUCAGCCUCGGUCUUUACUCUACCAUUGCCCUCUUGGGCUCAGCCAUCAGGCUCUCGUAUAUCUCAAUAUGAUCGCAAACGCAAGAAUGCGGAGCUGGAUGACGAAACGACUGAUGUCGCAUCGAGAAUAGAAUCCGAGGGCCCAUCCUUGGUACUGACACCAAAUGAAUCCCAUCAAUACCGAGUGGCCGGCUUUUCUUUACAUCAGGAACUGCCUCAAGGCAGGUUCCCACAUGGACCACCUCGGGACGACGAGGCAAAGAGGCAGACCGCUUCACACCAUCUGGAAGCCUUGGCGGAUCUGUCACCUCCAAUCUACCCUCCUCAAACAGCAGAGCAAACCAAUAUCCGGUUUCAACAUCUGGGUGUAGUGACCGCGAUAUUGCAUCGAUGCAUGCUUCAAGGCGACUACGUUCGAGCAGGACGAGCCUGGGGCUUGAUCCUGCGCGAAACCUACCGGGGCUCUCCAAUGGACGUCCGUAAUGAAACAAGAUGGGGCAUUGGGGCUGAAAUUCUGCUACGACGAGGUCAACGAACAACUUCAGCCAGCCUCGCCGGUAGCAAAGCUCCUAAUGCAGCUAGUAGCACCUUUUCCAGUUUCACUCCGGCAGGUUUUGCACAAGCCAAGGAAUACUAUGAACGACUCAUUCUCAACCAUCCGUACACAAAGACUUCGCCGCAAUCUGUAUCUUCUUUGCAUUUUUACCCUGCCAUGUUUGGAUUGUGGGUGUAUGUGGCCCAGGAAGAAAGCAACUCAGCUAGAGAGGAUGUUGCUACUCGUCUUGAAGAAGAUGAUGAUGAAUUUUCCGACGAUGAGUCAGGCUCGGAUAUCGGACAGCAUCGACAACAACGAGGCAAAAAUGCCAUCAGCGCAAUCAGGGCUCGGGAGCUGGGGCAAGCACAGCAGAUCGCUGUGCGCCUAGACCAACUCCUGGGAUCUCCUCCAUACUCUGACUCGGCUGAAUUGCUUGAACUGAGAGGAAUGGUCUCGCUGUGGAUUGGCGAUCUGUUGAUCUCCUCAAUAGCAUUGCCGGUCGAGUUUGACGAAGAUUAUGAUCACGAUGCCAUGCACCUUGACGAAGCCCCAGGCUCUUUGGAAGCCAGACGUGAACUCAGACUUGCCACCGAUAAGAAAUCGCUUGAAGUCAAAAAGUCAGCCGAGUUCUUUGAGAAGGCCCAACAACGUGGGAAGAAUCUUGCGCGGAAUUUGGAAAGCUUUCACAUAAAGGACUUCACCUAG